GCUCGGCUCUCCGGGGCCCCGUCUGGCGAACGGGCAACGGAGUCUCAGUCGUUCACCAGAGGUCGGUCGUUCGUGUACGUUUGUUCGAUCUACGGCCUCUGUCCAGGAUAACUGUAAAUCUGUAAGAAAGAAAGAGAAAGACCCACGGUGUUUGGAGGAAAGAAAGAAAGAAGGAGGGAGACCUUGGGACUGACCGAGGACAGAAGAGAGGCUAAUCGAUCCCUGGACAUCGCGAAUGCCGUGCUUCGUCGAUUAUAGUGACCGUUGGGAAGAGUGAUCCGUUGACUGGCUAAAUAAUCAAUCGGAUUUUUUCCAUUGCCGUUGGAUUUUUUUCAGCUGGAGAAUUCGUACUCGUUGCUGAUACUGUGACAGAGACGAACAAUUCUGGAUUGUAUCUAGUCGUCGAGAGUGACUCGCAGGACACUUGGUUAGAGAUAUAUUCCGGAAAAGACAGAACGAAGUGAUUUAUUGGUGCGCGGUUGAUGGUUUCAAGGAACACGGCUCCGCUCGGCCGUGGUUAUGGUGGCGUGAAACUAUAAAAAGGGUGAAGUGACAGGUUUAGCCGAGAGCACCAACGUCGUACGUCAGGAUGCCGAAGAUAUUCCUGAUCAAGAACCGGCUGCAUCAGCAGCAACUGAGGCUGCUCGAAGCACAGCACCUUGGCAAGAGCCCGCCACCAGGUAGCGGCAGGGACAGUCCCAUUGGCAGCUCUGAGCCCCUCAGUCUUAUCGUCAACAAACACCAAUAUCGCGAUAAAACGGACGACGAUCGUGCGACGACCCCGGAAUCCUUACGCAGCACUAGUCCAGCUUCUUCACCGCCACCGCAAUGGCAAUCGACCAGCACGCCGACCAGCACACCACCUAGACGCUUCAUCUCGAGUAUCUUGGGCGGAGAUGUCCCGUACGGAAGCAGAGGUCACGUUUUGACCCGGGCUGAACGCAAAGAGUAUAGCAGCCCGCCGAUCGCACCAUCCUCCAGCGAUGCUUCUCAAUUUCUCACGAAAUCAGAGAAGCUGGUGCUGCCAAGACCCAGCACCCCUCCAAAGACACCGAGAGUCGAACCACCUACCAGGGUCUCCGUCAUCCAAAGGGUUCCCUCUCAGAAUCAAUCAGCUUCUAGGAGAGAGGACAAAGUUGAGAUGCCACAGACCCAAGAACCAGAACAGGAACAGCCUAUCGAUUACGCCGUCCCGAAGAGAAAGGAAGAGGACGAGGAACGAGGCCGCGAAGGCGCAAAAGUGUCGCGUGCGAUCGGUAAUUCGAUCGCUAGGCCUUUGUUAGCCAUGCGACUGUCCGGUCCUCAGGUCGUCCACGCAGCGGCCGGCCACGGAAGAUCCUCCAGUUCCGGUAAUAACGGUAGUUCCGGUUCGAGCGGCGGAUCCAACAACUCUGGCAGUUCGUCGUCGUCGAGUUCGGGCGGAACUGGCAAUUAUUGUAGCGGUGGCGCGGUGACCGGUGGCAGCGGAGGAGGCGGCGCGGUCGGUGGUGGCGCCGGGGGUGGUGGAAUGAAUCCCGGAGGGAACGGCGGUCGUGGAAACUACGGACCCAGUUCGCCGCCCACCGGAUCCCUUCCACCCUUCUACGAGUCCCUCAAAGGCGGCAACAACCUGGCGAAUUUCGCUAAUCAGUACAACAGCACUCAAGGAAAUGGAUACUUGACGCCAUCGCCGACGGUGGGAAUGGAGUGCGACACGGGCCAACAGGAUGUCAAUUCCCAGCAUUCUCAAUACAACGCCCAAGAAGGAAAACAAUACUCUCUUUUGCAAAAUGUCUGCGCGUCCUAUGGUUUGACGUUGAAAGAAGAAGAGGAUCUGUCGCCGUAUAAGAUCCAAGCGAACGACCUCCUAUCCGGACAGUACAGCACCUACGAUAUGACGGAUACCGGGAUGAUGGUGGACAUGGUGACAGGUGCCGUGGUGGAUCCUCUUCAAUUCACUGCCACUCUAACCUUCAGUUCACCGUCGGAUCACACGGCCCUUUUGGAAAGUUUGGGCGACGCUGCUGACCUAUUUCUACCAAGGCUACCCGCCGAAGAUGGUAGCAACGAUCUUCUCGAGGAGUCGUUGCAUUCGCCUGCUUCGGCUGGAAGCGGUAUCGGUCAGGAUGCCGGUCAGAUGACCACUCCCGUCGAGCCUAGCGUCGAUCCUUUCCCGGAGCACAGCAUGGCCUUGACCAGAGGUUUCGAUACGUCUAGGCACUACACGGCGGCUCCUCAACAUUUCAGCACCUCUAAAUUAGGCUUGGCAUACACGACGGGCGAGUCGAGUUAUCAGUCGGUCUCGAAAGAACGUCCAGAACUGGCGCUUCACAUCAAUCAGAAUCAUCAGAAUCAGUCGGAACCACAGUUGCAGCAGUUGCAGAUACAGGUUCAAUUACAGCAUCAGCAACAACAGCAACAGACUGCUCCCUCGCCUCACCAACAACAUCAAGGACUCCUGAGCCCAGGAUUAAGCUUCACCGGUAGUGGUCUGGAACUGGAUUCAGGGAGCAGCGUAGGUGGAAGUUUGCCAAGUCCCGGUGCAGCCAGUUGUUCGUUGGAUACCGCAUCGACCAGCACGUCACCUUCGUGCGCCUUGAUGGAACACGCCCCCAGCCCAGCUACCACAGUGUCCACGGCAUCCGUACAGCCGACCGGGCCCGUUGGAGAACCACCACUGACGCAACGGGUCGGUGUACUACAGCAAAGGCUGGGACUGCCUGGUGAUUGUCAGUUGGAGUUCGUUAACGGUGGCCACGGAAUUAAAAAUCCUUUGGCUAUCGAGGGUCAGAGACAGGCAGCUGCUAAUCGCGAGGAAGAGAGGGCAACCCGACCUCCGCCUGGCAAGGACGACGAUCCAAACCGGUUCACGUGUCGUGUGUGUAGCAAGAACUUCAGCCUACAACGAUUACUGAAUCGUCACAUGAAGUGUCACAGCGACGUGAAACGUUACUUAUGCACAUUCUGUGGCAAAGGCUUCAACGACACGUUCGACUUGAAGAGGCACACCAGGACGCACACAGGCGUUCGACCCUACAAGUGCAAUCUUUGUGAGAAGAGCUUUACCCAGAGGUGCUCUCUGGAAAGUCACUGCCUUAAGGUUCAUGGUGUUCAGCAUCAGUACGCGUAUAAGGAACGUCGCACCAAGGUGUACGUGUGCGAGGAAUGUGGUCACACGACGCAGGAGCCGGAGGUUCAUUACCUUCACCUGAAAGAUAAGCACCCGUACAGCCCGGCUCUGUUGAAGUUCUACGAUAAGCGACACUUCAAGUUCACCAACAGCAAUUUCGCCAACAUGCUGCUCCAGGGUGGCCUGUUGCAACGGGACUCGCGGAAUGCGGACAGCUGCGUAAAGUCUGCCUCGAAAAGCCUCGAGGCGCCUCUUCAACGCGCCACGACGUUAUUGCAUUUGGGUCGGGCGUCCAGCUUCUGACGGCCGGGCACCAGAAGAUACCUAGGAAAGGUGGACGGAUCAGAGAAGAGAUGGUUAAGAGGAUGAAGAGAAGGCUGGCUCCGAUUUUGUUUAGCCACCCGAUCGGAUACACCAUCCCAUGGAUCCCGGAGUAAACGUCGCGCGAAAAGUACCUGCAGGUGGCGCCACAUUAGCGGUGACACAGGACGGCACCGUAGGCCGAUGACGAUCGGAUUACCGAGAAAUUUCGAAGCGGAAUUCCCAUGGAUUCCAGCAGGAUUUUCAGGAUUCUUGUUCCUCCCCACACGUGAACAUAGAACAAAAGAAACACGCAACUUUGUAUACACAGUAUUGCGCUAUAGUGUACGCGAUAUUUUUGGCGCGUCGAUUCUUACCGAACGUAUGUAGGUAAAUUUUGUAUAAUAUACAUCUAAACGAUAAUUGUAUAGACUAUUUGCUAUAUUUAGGUUUAGGGAACGAAGACAAGUCUAAGUCGCGAAAUUAACAGAAAAAAAUACACCCGAAGACUCGGAUCGAACGUUUCAGGAAUGACGGCCGUCUCUCACUCGAGAUGGGAGAGCGCAAUUCUUUUUUUUUUUCUUUUUUUGGAACGAUUUCUUUUUUUUUUUUUCAAGCGAUGUACGGCAAGUUACGUUGAUUUCCGACUUCUAGGGUGAAACGAUCACGGGGAAGCAUUUAACGCCCGGGGAGACGUUAGGUGCUUCUCGAACUUGUUACGUCGAAAUAACGAUAUAUCGUGUCUCGAGGUAAUUGUUUCUCUUAGAUCGUAGCGUUCCUCGUUGACUGACGCGUUCGGGGAAACGAAAAGAAUUUUUUUCUUUUUCUUUUUUUUUUUUAAUUAAGUAAUUAAUAAACACCUAUCGAUACGCACCUUGGGAAAUCUGUGAUAUGAUAAGACACGAUUUUACUCACUCCUCCGCGCACAAGAUUUCGCUUAUUGCACCUUGGUUCUUUCAAAUGGGGUUACGCACCAACAUAGUGGAGUGAGAUCACACGACACACAUAUACACAUUCUUUUACACGGCGGUUUUUGUAUUUAAAAAAAUUGUAAUCUUUUUUUUUUAAUCAUUGGUCAAAUUUUAUUUGGGAAACAGCCGUGAACACAUACACGUACACACAAUGGGGUUUCGUGCAAUUCUACGGUGGUAGGACAUAUGUUUAUUUGGGUGACACGUGGGUGCACGUACAGUAAUAAAAAACCGUGUGCGAAUAAAUUCGCGAUUCAACAUUAUCGUUGAGAAAAUGGUUCGAGUCUUCGUCGUGAGGAGGACUUGGAAUAUCGCGAGUAAAUUAAAUCCCAGUUAGGUAGGUAGAGAUGAUGAUGGCGACCGUGAAACGGGUAUAUGUAUACUUUCCAGGGGUAAAUAGGGUGCUGAAUUAAAGUCUUAUAAAUAGUAUUCUCAAUUUAUUGUAGAAUUGCAUGGAUAUUGUAUACAAGAAUAGAAUUUUUUUUUUUUUUUUUAUGAAUU